UCUCUAACACACACACACACACAAUGUCAACAACCAAGAAAAAGCUCAUUCUUAACACCGUCUCAGUCGACCUGGGCUGCAGGAGCUGUAGAAGGCCAAGACUCUCCACCAUCUUCCACCCAAGACCAAAGCACAAAACACCCACUUACCACAAAACCAACCCUUAUUACUCUUCUUCAGCCUCAUUGGACACCAACACCAGCGCAGCUACCACCUCCUUCUCUCCCAACAACGACACCCCAACACAUUACUCCUAUCCCGAGUCAGACAUAAAGAGCUUGAGAGCCGUUCAAGGCUUCGGAAGGAUAGGAGGUGAGAGUGUGGCAGUGGAGAAAGAGACUGAUGACCCAUAUCUUGAUUUUCGACACUCGAUGCUUCAGAUGAUACUAGAGAAGGAGAUUUAUUCAAAGGACGAUCUUCGAGAGCUUCUCAACUGUUUUCUUCAGCUGAAUUCACCUUCCUACCAUGGAAUCAUUGUUCGAGCUUUCACAGAGAUCUGGAAUGGUGUGUUCUCGGUGAGGUCUGGUCCUCCAAAACUGUUUGUUGGGCACAAGUCAAGUGACUUCUAG